AUGUUUGAUGCCGGCACCGUGUUACAGGGUGUACGGGUUCGUAACAACCGUGUUAACAUUAUCACAACCACAAGAAUCUUAGACACACAAAGUACAGCUAGUACCAUAGACCCUUACACCGGAGAACCCCACAGUACGGCGUCCACAGACCUCCAGAGUAUGACCGGUACAAGAGAACCCCCCAGUACGGCGUCCACAGUACCCCCCAGUACGGCGUCCACAGACCUCCAGAGUAUGACCGGUACAAGAGAACUCCCCAGUACGGCGUCCACAGAACCCCCCAGUACGGCGUCCACAGACCUCCAAAGUAUGACCGGUACAAGAGAACCCCCCAGUACGGCGUCCACAGACCUCCAAAGUAUGACCGGUACAAGAGAACCCCCCAGUACGGCGUCCACAGACCUCCAAAGUAUGACCGGUACAAGAGAACCCCCCAGUACGGCGUCCACAGACCUCCACAGUAUGACCGGUACAAGAGAACCCCCCAGUACGGCGUCCACAGACCUCCACAGUACGACCGGUACAAGAGAACCCCCCAGUACGGCGUCCACAGACCUCCAAAGUAUGACCGGUACAAGAGAACCCCCCAGUACGGCGUCCACAGACCUCCAAAGUACGACCGGUACAAGAGAACCCCCUAGUACGGCGUCCACAGAACCCCCCAGUACGGCGUCCACUGACCUCAAAAGUACGACUGGUACAAGAGAACCCCCCAGUACGGCGUCCACAGACCUCCAAAGUAUGACCGGUACAAGAGAACCCCCCAGUAUGGCGUCCACAGACCUCCAAAGUACAACCGGUACAAGAGAACCCCCCAGUACAGCGUCCACAGACCUCCAAAGCAUUUUUACAAUCCGGAGUGUCAUUCAAGGUACCGCCACAAAACCCAGUAUUUUGUCUAGUGCAGCUGAAGAUGAGAAGAAAGUUGAACAGGUGUCGGGAACUCAAUCUUCUGGACAGACUUUGAGCAUGGAUAUAAUUAUGAAAGUAGCAGAACUGGCAACACCCAUUUUGAUUAUUAUUAUGAUCGUAGCUGUUCUUGUACGGAAGUGUAAGUCCCGUUCAGACUCAACUACCUCUACCACGUCACCUAUACAAUCCGUGCCUCCUGUGCCAGCCUCCAUCUCUACCAGUUUACCUGGUUCAGGCUCUUCCACUUCACUUUUUGUUGAGGUCAUGGACAAUGAAACUCAAGUUUCUCCAGGUCCUGAUGAACAGACAACACCAAAGAGACCCCUCGAUCCAAAAUCCAAGCCAAAAAGAAAACUUCCAUUUAGGGCUGCACGCAACAAACCAUGGAAGUAA